UCGUACCAGCAGAAGUUUUCACUGCUUCCUUGCCAAGAAUUCCCAUUUUCCCGACGGGCGCGAUACUCACCCACGGCUUGGUUUGCUUGCGGAAAACGGCGACGGUGGAGUGGGCUGGCUGCUGCGGGUGGUGGUGGUGUUUCAGGUAGGGUGAUCUGCGCCGUGUUUUGGACUGCUGGCGGGUGUGCACUGCUGGUGGAAGGAGAGAAAGAGAAAGUGUGCUGCUGUAUCGUAGUCCUCCGUCGUGUUCCUGCUGCUGCUCAGUCCGGAGGCCGUGUCCAAGAGCACACACCAGAGAUGUCCACGAAGAAACCGGAGAUUGCCGACAGCUGGGAAGAUAUCGACGAAGAGCAGUUAGUCAAUGCGAUAACGAUACUGAAAAACUGUACCAGCAUCGACGAGGACAAAGCGGAUACCACGAAAUCUUCCGCGACGUCCGGAAACACGGCACGGCCGAAUUCCCUACCGCAGAUGCUAGAUGAAGAACUGCGCCCGAAGAUGGUGGCCCGACCGAUGCAGAUACUAAAGCGCCCGCAAACCAGCGGCGGAUCGGAAGGGAAGGGCGGUGCGGCGGACAGUAAACCCAAAACACAGAUCAAGUCACUCGACCAACGACGGCAAGAAUAUGCCGAGGCACGGUUGCGUAUCCUUGGAUCGGCACACGAUGACGAGGAAGCUGAGACGAAGAAAACAGCUUCUACUAACACAAACGGUUAUCGUGUAAACAAUGUUAAUAACAAUAUCGGUUACAGUGGGAAUGUUAGUUCCAAUGCUAGUAGUGCGAGUGGGAGUGGUGGAGGUGGAAGUGGAGAUGGAUUGGCCGGAAAUAGUGCAAAUAACAAUUCGAAUAACCCGUACCGUUUUCAUCAACCGUACCGGCAACAGGCCCCAAUCGGAACGUUUCCACCGGGAAUGCAAAAUGUACCGCCCGGACGGGGUGCACAAGGGGCACCGGUGGUGUACUAUCCGACAACACCAAACCACCACCAUCACCAUCCACACCACCCGAUGCACAGUACGCAUCCGUUGCAUCAUCCGCACCAUACGUUUCCACCGAAACCACACCAUCAACAGCACAUACAUCCGCAGCAGUCACAUCAGCAUCAACAGCAGCCACCCAGUAGCCACCCGUACCAGCAACACUUUGCACAGCAUCUUAAUCAUCAACAGUCGCCGGGAGGACGUGAUGGAAUGUGGUACGUUAGUAUGCGUAAUGGGUUCGGAUACGGUGAAGGAAUAGGACCCCUGCUCGGGCAUGCACCGCCUGGCGCUAUCCCGAAUCAUACUAUUCCUUAUAAUGGUGGGGGUGGAGCAGGAGGUGGAACAACAUUCGGAAAGCCUAACUCUCACGGUAGUUCGGGCGCAUCGAAUAUCGUUACGAAUCAAAAUGUGCUACGUUUGCCUGCCGGACCGGAUGGUUCCCAAGGAUUCAACAUGCGACGGUAGCUACUAGAAGCUAUCGUUCGUGGUGAUAUACUAGGUGGUGGUGUUGGUGGUGGUGCUGCUGAUGAUGAUGAUGAUGAUGAUGAUGAUGGUGGACGGUGAUAUUCUGAUCAUCUUGCUGAGCUAACACACUAUCCGGGCGCGUAAAAUUAACAAUUUCCAUAUGGAUCCUUUUUUCGGUUCAUUUUAAAAUGGAACACAAUGCUCUACAAUUGGCGAUAUAGUUUUAUCCCCAGUGCCCUCUUUUUUUUUUUUGCUUCAUUAUAGAUACCCUGCACCUGUUUCUACGGUGCUCACUCAGUUGUAAAUUUUCCCUCCCUUUUUCAUUUUCAUUUUGUAUCUGUUGUCUUACUGUUGCUUACUCUGGGGGACUUUCUCUAGGGUACUAAUUGCCCAUAACUCCUUUUAAAGUUCGUAUGUAAAUGUAGUACGAUGCUUUCUGUUAAAAAAAAAAACAAAUGGAAAGGAACAGUGUCCAGCAGGUGGGAACGACUUUAAUUACGUGACACGAUGUAUGUCUGACACGACGGGCAUUGCAUCCACGAGAGCUCUAAUUCGUUCUAGUAUAAGGAAGGACCCGUUGAUGUGUACAGUGUUGGUUAAUGUGUACACAUUAGCGCUAAAACAAUCAUUUACAUACAUUAUUUUAGUGCUUUUUUAAAUAUGUAGUAUGAGUUAUGUAUAAAAAAAUGCGUUAUAAAUAAUGAUAAUGGUGCAAACAGAA